GAAACGGUCGUAUGGAUCAUACGGUCGUGUGGAUUAGGUUUAUAUUGCACGAGGUUGCAAGAAGGGAACAAUUAAACAGACAAUCAAGACAAAAAGUAUAAAUCAGUACAUAGAACAAAAGUAAAGUAGAGGCAGGAAUAUACAUAAAAUUGUACAAAUAAUAGCUAUAGAUGUAGGUGAUAUAACAAGCAGCUUUGCAGAGGAGACAUACAGUGUAGUUUUGAUGAGCUUACAGUUAGAUGCUCUGCAGGCUUCCAGCAGCAGGUCCUGCCUCGUCCUGCAUCAUCACACGCAGGACUGCGGUGUCUCCCGGUGACACCGGCUCCACCACAUGUGGGUCUUUUGGCACGGUCAUCGAUACGGGCUGCUGGGCACUUUGAGGGCCCGCUAAUCUUGUUCCCAGCGCUGGCGCUGUCAUCGUGUGGCAGAGAGGGGAUGUCCAGCAUGUCACCGGUGUGUGGGGAGGCCAGGACCGCAGUCUGUUGGUUUGUCAGCACCAGGACGCGUCAUGAUAAGGAGCAGAUAGCGACCACCCAGUCCCAGCCAGCAUCAGAGAGCCGCCUGGCGCAGGGUCAAUGCAAGUCAGGCCUGCUUCCCUGUGCUCCUCUCGUCAUACUUUUCACAAAGAGGCAGUGACUUUCUGUCCUCUAUUUUGCUGAAGCCCUUCAAUGUGGGGGCACCACUGAUUAGUGGCAGAAUUGUCUGUUAUGACUCACAUUUCUGAUACAGUGGGGCUGCGGUACACGGCACAGGAAGUGACAUCAUACCGUGGGUGAAGAAGAGCAAACAAGAACAAACUCCCACUAAUCAAGAGCAAACCUGUUUUUUUCCAGUCCUGAAACUUUUAUCCAGCUUUUACCCAGAAUCCUCUGGAAAAGUAAAACAAACACAGAGACUGAGGAAUGUCUGUUAUACAUACGUUAUUCUGCUUAACCUUUAUGGAUAAAUUAACAUCCUCUGCUGUUUCAGAGAAGAAAACUGUGUGAAGGUCAUAAAUGUUUAUAAAUAGCAUGUUAUGGGCGGUGGACAUCAACAGUAAGCACAAUUCGUCAGAGUAACUAUAAACAUAUGGGGCAGUUUCAAUGUGAACGUCUAAUUAUUUUUCCAGGCAUACAUGAUGAAAUCAGCCUCAAAGUAAAUGAAAAGGAAGAAAAGAGCUGAGUGAACAAACCUCACGAAGCAGAACUUCCUCAUUAUUCCUCAGAAAAACAGCACUGGACUCUCACAAGGUCUGUCAUUAAUAAACUGUAAUUGCCGAUUAAGUUGCUGUUGCAUUUUAAGAAGCCGGCAUGAAGGGCAUAAUGUUUCUCUUCUGUGGCUGUGAAAAUCGGCCCAAAGGUCAAAACUCAUCAAGAUGUGAUUGAGGUCAAAAGUAUCACUUUACUGGCCUGCUGUAAGAUGUAAGAAAGGUUACUGAAAGGGGGGAGGGGGGUCCCAUGUGGACAGCAGGUGACACAGUCGUUAAGGACCUCGAUUUGUGGACAGACUGCUGGAGACCAAAAGCACAGGAGAGAUGUUCCUCCUCUACUCUCAGGACACCACCCGAAAUUUCCAAACAAGCACCUAAUCCUGCUGCCCACCUGACGUCAAGGCGUUCAUUCUGGACAUGUUUGCAGCCUUAGUGUGUGUGAGGGCUGAAAUUGCAAAAUAUUCUCCCCACAAAAGGCAGGUGUGUGUGUCGUGUUUAUUGCACUGCUAAUGAACCUGCAGCGCUGUUGCUUUUGCGAUGCUCACAAAAGCGCUAUUGCACAAUUCUGCCGGGAAGAGAAAUCUGAACUUUGGUUUGGUGUGACUGUGGGUCAGGCCUCAGGGCCGAAUUCUCCUGUCCUGUCACACCUUCAGGUCUGUGCUGCUCAGGUGUUUUUGUCCAUGGGGAACAGAACUGCCCCAGCAGGAUGAGAACCGGCUGGGAUACACUUUCCGGGAUGCAGUCGGCCCUUCAGGCAAACAGCCACACCUGCCAAGUGGGAACUCCUGGCUUUCCUCUGAAGCCGGCCCUGCUCAGUCCGUUCGCGGCACUCCUAACCUUUUCACGGCCUGUGCUCUCACCGCCCUAGUGGGAACCAGCCUGAAGGACCCCUCUACCGAGAUGCUCACUCAAUUGGUCUUUUUGCAGCCGUCUAGAGAGCUGCCUGAAGGGGCCGCUAUCAGGCAGGAAUUAAAGUCCAAAAGGAGAACUACUUUUUGUUGGUGCUGGUGUGACUUUAUCUUUCAUGUGUAACAGACCACAGUAGUCAACCUCAUCGUUCACAAUCAUGACACGUAUGUUACGUGUCUUUUAGUUCACACCCUGUAGGGAAUAUGUUUUACUCAAAGCACAUUGUUUGAAAUUGGUAAAUUCAUAAAAGAAGACUUUUUCUCAGCUACCCGAAGUACAGUAGCCUCAAAUCAUUAUUAAUUCAAGUGAACAGGAUUAUUGCGUCGAUCCAUAUUCGUCCACACUGGCCUGCAGGUCAAAAGGCCUCAUAUUCAUAAUUACGGGCACCUAUUGGACCACACGGCGUUUUCGCGUCUCUCCUGCCACCUAGCGGCGGUGGCGGUACUCGCACCCGGGAUGAGAUGUAAUCAGCCGGACAAAGGAAGGAUGCGCUGCUUGAAUCUGGACCAAAGGCGGCGGCGCUGAGAGAACGAGCUCCCCAAAGCAUCACACGGAAAGAAAACGGCCUUCGACUCCUUAUUUGUACUAUUUAGGACAUUUUCAGGAAACGAGGUUUAUUCUCCGAAAUUAAUUAUUUGAUUUGCAAAUCCAGUGCGUUUUUCCCUUGGUGACCCGGUGAAAACUAGGAGCCCGGGGCAUUAAUCGCUGGAAAUCAAAGCAAUGGAGGAGAGGAGAUUGGGAAGGCGACACCAGAGCUGACUUUGAUGGCCAUCGUCAUCUUCUCGGUUGUAUCUGCGCACUUCUCUCUUCUAGCGCGCGUCACACGCCCUUUAUUAUAGGUGAAAGUCUGUUGAUUUGGACGUGAAAUAAUACCGGGGGAAAAUAGAAAAAAAAAUAUUUAAAAGAGUAUUCGAUUUUAAGGUUUUUAAGCGCAAGAGGACGUGAGAGACGCGCUUGUGCCUGGAGCAUGCCGGAGCUGACGGUGCGUUCGCUGGCCGCUGCCUGCCUGCAGCUGGCCGACCUGCCGCGGCUGCUGUCGGCGCUGCUCGGCGGCGCGCUUCUUCUCGGCGUGCUCUGGAUCGGCACCAGAAAGCUGCGUGGAGGCCCCACGGACAAAGUCCCAGUCGGGGACAGCUGGCAAAUAUCCACUUUCCCAGUGUCUGGGAGAAGAGACGGACAGGAGCCGACGAAGAGAAAGAGGAAAGAGAAGGACGCACCGGACCAGCUGAACGGAGCGGCCCGCAUGGCCUCACCUGAGGACGCCGACGCGGAGAGCAGCAGGAUGCAGGACAGCAGGAUGCAGGACAGCAGGGCAUUUAGGCCUAAGAAAAAGAAGGUGAAGACUGAUGAUGAGGAGAGGAGCACUUUUCUGCCAAAGGAUCGCUCUUCCUCCAUGGAGCUCAGUGAGGAGGAAGACUCUGGGAAGUGGGAGAGGAAGAUGAGCAGCAAGGAGAAGAGGCAGCUGAGGAAGGAGCGGAUGAAGAGGAAGGGAAGCAGCAGGCCGGACCCAACUGUGUCAGAGGCCCCUGGACUGCAGAGCAGGAAAGCCCGCCCCCUGGUGGACAGUGUGAACUCCCUAAGCACUGGGCCUCGCAGGGACUCCAGACCCCAUGAGUUGGGGAAGACGGGCCGGCAGGCAGUGGAAUGGGCACCCCCUGCUGGGCUGGAGGAUGACAUCUUCUCCCACGUAGGCACAUGGAACCUGAAGGAUGUAGUGACAGAGCGGGUCACCUUUGGGACCGUCCCCGACAUCAGCUACAACAGCUCCCCACAGCCCAGUCCGUCCAGCAGGAAGUGGCGCAUGCAGAUGACAUCACUGAACAUGGAGCAGGCCUGGCUAGGCUUAGACCCCCUGGACAUGGAUCAGGCCUCGGAUUGGAAACCCCCCAGGGAGGAGUGGGGUAACUGGCAGGGGGACAGCAUGACGCUGCCUCACAAUGGGGUCCAGAGUCCAGGAGCUGGGAGGAAGCAGAAGGAUCGCAUGGAGGUCUGGGUGCCGCCGGAGAGCAAGGUCACGCCAGACCAGCUGCUUACCGAUGACAGUAACACUAAGAAGCACCGGAGGAAGAAGAGGGGCGUGAGGAAGACGACCUGACGUCAUUGCAGUGCCACACAGAGAGGAGCGUGAGCCAAAAAUGACAAUGCUGUCCUGGGGUGUGUGCACAACACUGUCACGGAUUGUCACAAUGUGAGAGAGAGAGUGAGAGAGAGAGAGAGAGACAAAGAGAGAGAGGGAGAGAGAGGAGGUGAAGCAGAGGUAGAGAGUGGAGCAUCCCUGGCCUACAUACUGAACUCGGGGCCAACAUGUAAACGACGUUCAGGCUCGAGACCCGCAGAGAGAGAAGCAGUGCAGUGUGGGUAAUGUUCUCUGAGACCACAAACUAGAAUCUCAUAGCCAGCAUGUGCUGGGAUCUGACAGACGCCUGGGUGAGGGUAGGACACCACGCCCCCCCCACCACCAUCCAUCAUCCUCAUUCCCUCACAUAAACAUCCAUAUAUAUUUUUCAUUUUUAAAUAAAAUUUAAAUUUGUUGUUAGAGAUGGGUGAACCUGUUACUCUUUACGACUUUUUGUAUCAAGUUUCCCCCAUGAAUAACUUUGUGGCACAAUUUCAAGUUUUUUUUAAAUGCUUGGAACCACGGGACAGAGACAUGGAUCCACACGGCCCCCAGGCAGCGGUGCUGCCGCCCAGGGUUAUCUGGGUCUGUGCGCUGUGCACAUGGCAUGCUGUGAGGAUGACUCAUCCCGGCAAAGGCAGUGAGCACAUGGAACUGAAGAAGAAACAGUUUGCAGUGUGAUUUCUGCCUGUGGUACGAGAUAUCCAUGCAGAUGUUUUAAGAGCCUCUACUGACAUGCCAGACUGCAGUCAGUGUUUUUCCCAUGUUGCCCUCAGCUUUUGGAGGUCAUGCAUCUGACUUUGGCUCGCUCUCAUUUCCCACGUUCUCCUGGACUGUCAUUUCCUCCUGGGGGUGGGUGUGUUUCAUAUUCUCCCGCUCAGAUUUUGUGUCUUGACUUUAAAUUCACCAUCAUUUACAUUCUGCUUAUCAACAUAAACUGCAUGAAUUUCCAUCUAAUGACCCGCCACCAGUUGUGUUGGUCUGAGGUCAGUGUUUAAACAUUGUAGUCUAAUGGAACGUGUUGAUGCUGCAGAUACGCGUACAGGAAGGAGGAAGGUCUCUUCCUGCCGCUGCGGGCACAGCCACUGAAUCAUCACUCUCUCACAUGUCCAAAGGACCUUUCUGGGAAAACUUGCAUAAUCCCACAUUUCUUAAAACCUGGCCUCCAUUUGUAAAGUUUAUGUACAAAAAACAUCUGCUCUUAAAAUCCACUACAUUUAGUCGAGACCCGUUCAGCAGUCAGCUGUCUUAAUAAUAGGGAUGAAUCCGCAGCUACUUUUUCUUGCUCUGGCAGUUAAAAUCGUUCUUACAUAUGGAGUGCAGUCACAGUUUGAAGUCACGACGCACACGGCGUUGUCAGUAAAUGACAACCUUGCUGUAAAAUGCAGUAGAUAAGGAGACCUAAAAUAGCUCUUUAGAUGAAAGUCCCACAGUGCGGUUCAUCGCUGGAUUCAGCCUUCAAUGAAGUUUGAUGGAAACUCUAACAGGGGUUGAAGUCCCUUUAAGUCCAUCCUGAUAACAGGUCCAGUCCACAGCUGUUUGCUUUCAUGCAGAUGCAGAACAAAUCAAAGGAAGUGGAUUUAUCAAGCUUUCUGCUGACUGCAUGUUCACUAGCAAAGUUUUGUACCACUGGGAAAAUUGGACAUAGGACAAUACAUUAACAUUAUCAUCGGUGUUCAUUCAGACUGAAAGGCAUAUUUAUGUCAUCUAACAUUUACCUUUGAUGAGAAUUUAGUGUUUAUUUUACGUUUGACCUUUCUCGUGAAUAAAGAAGUAGUUUCCAUUAUUUCUGUUAUUUUAGGCAUUCGGCACUAUAAAAGAGUAUUUUGUAGAAGCUAUUAUUAUACUAAGUUACUACUUGUACCAAGUUUUAGAAAGUUUAAAAAUGUUAUUGGUGCUACGUUUAUUUAAAUAAAACGUCUUUUCAUCACAA